AUGCUCAUCGACCCCGAACUACCCGCUGGAUCUUCGACGCCCCACCCCCAGAGACCUUCACCCCACCAGUUCAUCUACCUCGGCCUCUGGUACCUGACAUCCGAAAUGUUCCAAGUCGUGCAAUACCCCGAACUACCUGGUCUCUAUAUCCUCAAACUCCCCCAGAUUCAAGACUUCCGCCAGGUUCUCCUCGAAAUGGACGAUUACGUGAUUGUCAUGGAUGCUCCGCCCGAGCAAGCACCGGCUGUAGUGGAUUGGGCAAGGAAGAAUUUAGGAAAGCCAAUUGGCCAGGUUUGGCCUACCCAUCACCACCACGACCAUGCUUUCGGCGUAAAGACCUAUUCCCAAGCCGGCGCGACAGUCGUGGUUCCCGAAAUGGCAAAAGAGUACUACUCGAACAUCCCAGGCAUCAAGUUCGAGACAUACAUGUAA